AUGAAGUAACAUGAUAAUGAUGCUGCUAAUACGGCAUGAUUGGACCGUCACAGCCUGAAGCCCUGUGAGUCGCAGUGGAAUGUUCCAGCCGUCAAUCAUUAAACGUGUUAGCAACAAGUGGGCGAACGGGAGUCACUUGUCCUCAGUUCCGAGGAUUACGUGGUACGCCCGUCUAUCUUUAGAACUGGGCAUAUCCCUACUUCGACGGAUUAACCAGAGGUCUGGACAAUACAGCCCCGUGAAGCAUUUACUGGAGCAAAAGUUGGGCACGAUGAAGGGCGAUCCGACGAAAGUCGCCUCCAUGGAGCUGGGUCAUGAUCAGCUACACGGCCGGGGCCAUGACGGGGAGGGGCGGGUGAAAAGGACAACAACACACAGACGUCGCUUCUCCAGCAUUGGAACCAUGAGUUCAGAGCCAAACACGUCUUCUUCUGAGGACGAGAGGGAGUCAAAAACAAAGAGAAGGCCCCGGAUGAGGAUCAAGAAAGAACCCAAGUGGUCGCAAAGUGAUGACGUCAUGAGUGGUGAUGCCACCUGCAAAGUUCCAAACGACCCACGAAGCUGGUCUCGUGAGGACGUUCGUACGUGGUUGGAGUGGGCGCAGGCGCACUACACAGUAGGAGAGUUGGAUGCUGGGAAGUUCAUCAUGAACGGAAAGGGACUUUGCCUCAUGGACAAAAAGGGCUUUGUCUACAGAGUUCCUGGAAAGGGGGAAGUACUAUAUCUGGAUUUCCAGGAAAGACUGUUUCAGGCCCUGAAGGCGCAGAGAAAACUGUAGAAAGUAAGUUAAGAAAGGGGACGUGUUUUGUGAUUUUGGAACAUGCUGGAUUCCUACACGAAGGCGUAAAGCCACUCCUUUUACUCACCGUGAUGGUCAUUUAGGAACACGCUGUUAACCAGGGUAGAAGAAGUCUAAUCAACGGAGGUGAAAGAAAACAUCGUCGGGAAAAAAAAUCUAGACAAUCAUGGGUAGAGAAAGGAGGAUCAUAGAAUCGAUGUUGUGACACUGGGUAUUCUUGUCCCUUCCAAUUAUGAAUUGAUGCCAUUGGAUGUUAUAUUGGGUGCAUGAAAAACAUGGAGACAUAGUCCUGUAUUUAUACUCUCGUUUUUGGUUAGAGUUAAACGAGAAGAAGGGUGCAAAAUCGAGCAUGUGACUUGUAGGCAUCGAUUGACGCUCGUAAUAGCACCCUUUAGAGCUUUUGUUUUUGUUAGAAGUAGAAACAAGUUCUGUUCUAAAACACUCAACAGUGUAAAUUCACUUUACAAGCUGAUAAAAAAGGAAACUAAACAUACCAACAUACCAACUCACGAUUAUUGCAUGACUGGGUUUAUCGUAUAUAACCCAUUAGAAUGUCUGAAUAGUAGGGAUUAACAGGUGGUUGACAUGAUUUUAUGCUUUUGUUCUUCCUUUUGGAAAUCAUUUUGUAGAAAGUUACAUUUACAUAACUUGCAUGUUCUAUAAAACAGCACAAAAGACAUACAUGAUAGCUUGUGUAUAGCUGCUCUAUUAUAGUGACGUCAUCAAUCCGCCUACUUGGCUAUUCGUAAAUGUGUUGGUUUGCUAGCCACCGAUUGGCAGUAUUGUUGAUAGAUUUAGUUUGGACUGGUACUCAUCGUUAUCGGAUAUACUUAUUUAGAUGAUGAGUUUUAUUCAUUGAUGUAAAAAGAACAAACAAUAUCCAAAGAAGUAUCAAAAUCAAGUAUUCCGAUCAAUCUCAUUUAAUCUAUUACUAAUUGGAUGGGUGAAAAUAAUGAACAAAUCUUUUAUGGUAUGCGUAUACUAUACCAGGCAUUUGGCUACGAAAGCGUAAUAAAAGACUCAAACAUAAUCCAGGCAUGGAAAUAGUCUUCAGGUCAGUUUAAAGUGCCGGAUCGUAAACUUUAUUAAUGGAAUGGAUCUUUGUCAUUCUAAAAUGAGUUCUGUAUAUAUUGCUGUUUGGAACCAAUUACCUUGUAUCUGUGUAUCUUGUGUGUUGGA